AUGAGCCAACAAGCAAAGAACGGGGAACUAGUAGCAACCCUGAUAGCAACAUCCACCGCAGAUACGAGAUCAAAGAUCGUUGAGAUUACGACCUCCAAGCUUGUGGUGGAUAGUCUGACGAGAAAUAAAGGAAAGCGAGAAGCGGAAGGCUUUCUGAGGCAAUCGAAUGACGCCCUGAUAAGGGCCAUCUAUGCCAAGAUAAGAGAACGCAAAGCGAGAACCGCGAUAAAACUGGUAAAGAGUCAAGACGGCCACAUAGGCAGUCAAAAUGCAAAAAAGCUAGCCAGGGAAGGCGCAAAGAAAAUGGUAGCAGAUGUGGUCCCGACGACGGUCGACCCGAAAUGGGUUGUAUCGGGAGCGUCUCUCAGCGCGAUGACACAAAAGCUGGCAUACCAUGUAAUAAGGACGAGGAAACAAGCGUCGACACGCCCGCGACCGAGGACUGUCGUAAACCUCGAACUUGUCAGGGAAGGCCUCCAGGAGGCGUUCGGGGUUGACAAAACUGAGGCUGAAAUCUGGAAAUCAAUUAGAUCAAAGCAUAUAUCCGGGAUGUGCGCACAAUUCCUGUGGAAAACGCUACACGACGUGUACAUGGUAGGCAAGCACUGGCUUAGAGAGGGCAUGCCAGAGGAAUACCAGGAUAGGGGUAUAUGCGCGGUGUGCAACAAUAUUGAAUCAAUGGACCACAUCCUGUUCCGAUGCGAAGCCCCUGGACAAGCCGAGAUAUGGGAAGAGCUGAAAAAAUUGUGGACUACGACGGGCUUACCAUGGAAAGCCCCAGACUGGGGGACCGCUCUAGGAGCUGGCUGUGCAGUCUUCAAAACCGAAGGAGGUGCAAGGCGACCACCGAUGGAGGCACUGUGGGCAAUACUGUGGUCAGAAUCGGUACACCUAAUCUGGAAACUCAGAUGCGAACGAGUGAUUCAACGCGACGGAGCAAUCCACGACAAAUCGGCCGUGAGAAACGCGUGGUAUGCGACGAUCGAACGGCGGCUAACGUUGGACCGGAGGACGUCUGUGCUAGCCAAAGGUAAACAUGAUCUUAAAUAG